UAUUAUUUCCCUUCAUAUACCAAUCAAAAUAGAAAAAUGUCAACGAUAUUUAACUUUGCUAACUUUUGGGUUGACUUGAUCAUAAUUGUUACAGUAUUGUUUUCGAUUGUUUAUUAUUAUUGUACUUCAACAAAUAAUGUAUGGAAAAAACUUAACAUACAUUAUAUACGUCCAAUUCCUUUGUUUGGAAACUACUUGCAUGUAGCUCUGGGCAUAGAGCAUCCAAUAGAUCUGUACAAGAAAAUUUAUCAUGAACUAGCUGGACACAAAUAUGGAGGUAUGUUUCAAAUGCGCACUCCAUACUUAUUGAUCCGCGAUCCUGAUAUUAUCAACAAUAUAAUGAUAAAGGAUUUUUCGUAUUUUACCGACCGUGGUAUUUACUUGGAUUAUUCAAAUGAACCAUUGUCAGAAACACUGUUUUUUAUGGAAAACCCUCGAUGGAAAAAACUCAGAAGUAAAUUGAGUCCCGCGUUCACAUCUGGAAAACUUAAACAGAUGUAUAGUCAAAUCGAAGAGUGUGGCAAUGCGAUGAUAGUUAAUAUACGUUCUGAGUUAAAGAAAAAUUCCAAAGAAAUUGAUAUACGAGACAUUUUGGCACAGUAUUCAAUUGAUGUUAUUGGCAAUUGUUCUUUUGGACUAAACCUAAAUGUAGCAAAGGAUGAUACUUCUUUAUUUCGUAGAUAUGGAAAAAUAAUAUUCAAACCAUCUCUGUCAUAUUUUGUGAGAGAAAUAUGUGUAAUGAUAUCACCGGCUAUUCUGAAAAUUUUAAAGAUUCCUAUAUUUCCACAUAAGACAACUGUGCAUUUCGGAUCAAUAUUUAAAGAAACGAUUGCAUACAGAGAAAAAAAUAGUAUAGUAAGGAAUGAUAUAGUUCAUGCCUUAAUUCAAGCGCAUCAAGACUUAGUUGUUAAUGAAAAUAUAUCUAAAGAUGUAAGAUUAACGGGAUCUCAAAUAUUAUCAAAUGCAUUUGGAUUUUUUGCUGCUGGAUUUGAAACUACAUCAACGACUCUUUCUUAUUGUUUACAUGAACUUGCACUGAAAAAAAAUAUUCAAGACCGAGUACGAGAAGAGAUAAAAUUAACAAAAAUUAAAUUCAAUGGAGUAAUUGAUAAUGAAUUUUUGAUUAAACUCAAUUAUCUAGAUAUGGUUAUAGCAGAAACACUUAGAAAAUAUCCUGUAAUUUUUGCUCUGUUCAGAGUAGCUACAAAAACCUAUCAUCUGCCAAACGAUUCAUUAACAAUUAAAAAGGGACAGAAAGUUAUAAUUCCAAUCUUUUCAUUGCAUUUUGAUCCUAAAUAUUAUACUGAUCCUGAAGUAUUCAAUCCUGAAAGAUUUUCUGCCGAAGAAAAGGCAAAACGACCUAACGGUGUUUAUAUUCCAUUUGGUGAUGGGCCCAGGAUUUGUAUCGGAAAACGUUUUGCUGAGAUGGAAAUGAAAUUAGCUUUAGUAAAAAUUUUAUCAAAAUUUGAAGUGGAACCAUGUGAAAAGACCGAGAUUCCUAUACAGUUUAGUAAAUUAUCUUUGUUAGUGGUUCCGAAGAACGAAAAAGUUUGGUUAAAAUUAAAUCCAAUUACUGAAUAAUAAUUUAAUUCUUAACUACAAAAUGUGAUAAAUAUAUUAAAGUAAUA